CCAGUUCACCUCCGCGUGCACCAAACCUGAGUUCAAUCACCAUGGCUCGUGUCCGAAAGAAAAAAACAGCAGAGUCGUGGAGGAGCAAAGUGCUUGACCUUGUUGGGAGUAAGGAGAAAGGAAUUUUGGCGAUAGCUAAUAAAAUGCAGAUCCCCAUAUGCUACCUCCGUUGUGGAUUGAGAUCCCUAAUGGGAGAAGGGAGAGUCGCCACUGUCGCGGAUUUGGUGUACUUCCUCCUACAUGCGGGACCUGGAGCGAAGGAUGCGCUCAUGUCAGCAACCAAGCGGGCCGGGGUGGACGGGGACGAGGCCGAGCCAACGGUGCAGUUGCUGAUGGGGGAUUUCGGGAGCAAGUUUCAAGGAGGAAAGGAUCGAUCUAUUGGGCGACCUGAUAUCAUUGUGAAAGGGCAGGGGCGUGCAAUCGGGGGUCUAACGUACAAUUUCCCAAAGAUUGAGGAAAAGAAUGGGAGUGCGCGGAAAGAGGGAGCAAUAUUUGACCAAGGAGGAGCUCGACGUGGGAUCGCUUACACCAACCUUCUACGAAAAGCUCGACGGAGCAUGCACUGUGAACAGUCUACACCUCAUGUUGUCGAACAGAUGGAAGAUGGCGUUCUCAGGCCCCACGUUGAAACUACCAUGGAUGAAGGAGGGGAGGAGUGUCCUGGUGAAGCCCAUGUGUCAAUAGAGAUUGAUGAGGCAUGCAACGACGGACAAGAGACACCGUGUACAGCCGAGGAAGGAUGCAUGGACGACAUCGAGGCGAACAAUAUAGG